CCUACAAUACGCCAAGUCCGCGUGGUCGAACGGCGAAUCCAAGGACCGAUGCAUUUCAAAAGCUGUCUCUGUCAUCGACGAAGUAAAAGCACAGGCUGCCAUAGACGGAGUGGAUAUGCGGCUGGAUUAUAUAGAGAUGAAUGAUUCGGAGACAUUCGACGUCUUGGAUGCGUCUUCGAACUAUCAGUUGGCAGGAGAUAUACCUGUGAUUCUGAGCGGUGCGCUAUGGGUUGGGAAAACGAGGUUGAUCGACAAUAUCGUAGUUGGUGACCUCAAACGUAUAAUAAGAUAGCUCACAAAUAGAUGCGGGUGUGGCAAGAUUAUUAAAUGCUGAAGCGCAUCCAGAGUCAGACUAGCUACUGUCCGAUCCUCUAGAAAUUGCCGAGCCACAUAUCUCCUUCACCUCCAACUACCAGUACCUUCCGCGAUCGCCAACCACCGUGACGAUGGCCCGGGCGCAUUCGAGAGUGAUGCUAACGAACGGCACUUUGCCAUCCACUCAACUCAAUCAAUUUUCGGCGGUACACCCUUUCACUCAGCAGCUAGACAUCGUGUUUCCUGCUUCCGAUGAACUCGAGAAGGCGCUUACAUCCUUGAAGCCCACAUACUAUAAAAAACGUUGUACGCUAUCAGAUUUUUUUGAGUUUGCCUCCAACAGUCCGAGCAGGAAUAUCACUGCACUGCCAUCUACCUCCGAGUGCGCUGAUACAUGGUGCAUCGAUCCUAGAGGCGUCCUCACCCUCUGCGUCUCAAAAUCACUGUACGAGCAACUCGGCUUGAUCGGGAAGAAACUCCCCUUCAAAGGGUGCCCCGAGCAGUACGUGAUACGCAUACCGGUUAGGCAAGAGACCGAAUCUGUCGCUGUACGUGCGAAGCAGAAGGCAGCCUUGAAACUCUGGGACGAGCUUAGAGAAGACGGUCUUGGGAAAUGGAAUGUUCUUUAUUGUCAAUCAGGUGCGUGUCUAGGAACCUCCGACUCGCACGAGGUGGUGAUUGCUCAGCCUCAAAUCUGUCCUUCGGCCGAUAUACUUAUCCCAAUCCCGGCACUUGCUCCCAUUCCCGAGGAAAGCACAGAGGAUUGGGAUGAACGUAUCGGCGACCUUUUUGAAUGGGUGGGCAUGGCUUGCAUAGGAGCUCAAAGACUGAAAGCAAAUGACCGUGUCAAUCCUUACGUUGCUGUCUACGAAGUUCCCACUCCUUCAUAUAUCGGUGACGUGACACGGAUAACAUGGGCGGCUUUCCUUCACCAAUCGUUCGUAAAAGACGCUCUGGACACGGUGACGUUAGACAUUUUGAGGCUCAAUGGUGUUAAGAGAAUUGAUGAUUUGCUGUGUAGGUCAUAUUUGGCAUCUACUACCGAUAACCACGCAUUCGUUGCAAUAACGAGACAAGGUUGUUGCACAUCGCCUGUUGGCGCCAUCCCUGAUACUUCUUUUGAUACGGCCCGAGAUCCACCUCUCCGAGUACCGGAAAACAACGCGGAGGACACCGGCUGUUUCAUCCUUGGCCCGGGUCAAAAUGGGAACUUUGUGUUUGCAGAGAGUAUUGGACAAUGGGAUGCGAGAUGGGGCUGA